UUAAUGAAAAAAGGUUUUGAAUUUUGUUUUGAUUCAGACGAAUAUCCGAUGCAAUAUUUAGUUAGAUAUUGUCGUAAUAUGGCUGUACGUAUGAUAUCAAGUGGACAAUUUAUAAAUCAUUUAGAAUUUAAAUUAAAACCAAUACGUAGUGUACAAUCAUCACCGACAAUGCCAUUCGGCGAACAUAUACCAUAUUAUCGUUUAUGUCAACGACCUAAAUGGACAAAACCAAAAUUAAAAAAACGAUCAAUUACGAAAAAAGGUUUAUUAUUUUUUCUUAAAGCUGAUAAAGAUAUUCGAAAAGGUGUACGAAUAACAACAACACAAGAAAUAAGAGAAGAUUUAUAUAAAAUUUUUAUUAGAUUUCAUGGUUAAAAAAAUCAAUUCCUUGUUUCUUUUUUGA